UUAAAAUAGUUUCUUUUUUGCUUUGGGUUUAACGCCGUUUUUCAACAGUAUUUCAGUCAUGUAACGGCGGGCAGUAAACCUAACCAGUGUUACUGGAUUCUGUACCAGUACAAACCUGUUCUCCGCAAGUAACUGCCAACUUCCCACAUGAAUCAGAGGUGGAGGACUAAUGAUUUCAGACACAAUGUCGUUUAUCAAAUAGUCACGGAAAACAUACGCCCCGCCCGAGGAUCGAACUCACGACCCCGCGAUCCGUAGACCAACGCUUUUACCUACUGAGCUAAGCCGUCGGGCUAGACGCUCUAAAAUCUAUGUAACAAAACACACGAUCAAAUGGGCAUUAUUUCACUCGUGGAAUGAAUUUUGCAUAAAAUAGGAGAUGUUUCAUGCUAAUACUCGCAUGUUUUCGAGUUGUUUACUUGAAAACGAAAGUUGGGUGUUUAUUCUGCGGACCGCUUUCUGAAAUGCGGCAAUAUAAGGGUACCUGGCUUCAGUUGACAUGCAUUUCACUGCAUACUAUUCAACACCCCUUUUUCUUUUCGUUUUCUUAAAGCAAAUGUAUGGAUAUCUUGUGGAAAAUAGGUCUACGACGGAGUGAAAAUUUAGAAACUGUAACAAAAUUGUUCUGAAGUAGCUGAAUUUUAUAUGAAACAAAGAACAAUUUCUUUUAUUGGUUUAUAGCCUGAACAACAUCUUUAACAACAAUUUAUCUGACCAUUACGUGUUCUGUAGUACUGCCCCGUAUGAUGGAUACUUAAAAUAUUCUGAAAAAGUUGUACACUCCCCUGCCCACACCCCACCUUUAAAAAAGAAUGUUAUUUGUAAAGAAAUAAAAAUUAAAAAAUACUGAAAUCUACGUAUAAUGUAAUUUCAAAAAGGGGGCUAGGCUAUUGUUUUAAAAGACUAAAUUAUUCAAUGGCUUGCUUGGAGAGUAUUUAUUCAUACUCUUUACCUUUUGAAAUUGUUGAAAUAUAAAACUGACAAGUUAGCGUAGCUCUGGGCAGGUUAAGAUAUAACACCAGGAAAACUACAUCUUAAUUUGGUAAUCAACAGUCUGGCCGGUGCAUAUAAAAGGUCUAUGUACUAGACAUUCAGGGAGGCGAGGCGGCAGAGCCACCAACCGUGGUUCUGCCAACCUAAGUAAAAAAUACCAUUAUGCCUCGUUAGGUUACCUUCCAAAUAUGUAGAUUUCAUAAAAGACAACUCAAACAUAAUUAGUUCUUAACAUUUUACAGUAGCUAAAUAUUAUUUGAAAGAUGGACACUGAGACAAUAAAAUUACUUGUAUUAAAAGACUUUCUUUAACUACCUGAAAUUAAAUAAACAUCAGAAAUGAACUAUUGUGUCUUCAAUCUUAUAUAUGUGUGUGAAAGUUCUACCACAGGUUUUACAAGUCUGGUAACACUGGUGCCAUGUGGCUUUUAGAAGCCAUUACGCUACAAGACGAUUUUUGGUGCCGUGACCAGGAUGUUCUCUGCGAGAUUGUUGCGGCCACGUAUUACACGAAGUACUCUGCCACUAAACAUCACACCGAACUGAGAAGGCGACACGAGCCACUAGAUCUUCAAAAACGCAAGUAGAAAUAUCUAUUUUCCUUUUAAAAGUUUUGGGCAUAUUUUGGGAGAAAAAAAUAGUUGAAUUCAAUCUAGCACGAAAUACAGUUUAAGAUUAAAACUGUUACUGAAAAGUUUGCCUUAAUAAAAUUAUGUAUCAAAUCAGAGUUAUGUACAAAAAUAUUUACAAAUCUUGUAGGGUAGGCGAAAAUUAAAUAAAGCAAAAUAAAGCGAAACACUGAAAUAUAUAAUAAUAUAAUUUGAAAACUCUGUAAAUUAGCUAAAUCGGGCAGACAAAAGUUGUCAAUAUAUCAUGGUGAUAAAACAAUUGAAAUAUUACUUCAUAAUUAUAUCGCCAUAGGGUUUUUAGGUUGUUUGAUUUUUGACAAACCUAAUAUAUGAUUUUUUCAAAAGGUAUGCAUUAACAAGCGAUGCCUAUCAAGAAAGAUAUAAGAUGAACAGUAGAGUAAACUAAACUGUUUACAAAUAAAGUAGAAAAAUACAAAAAAGAGAAUAAAAUGAAAUUACAAAUGUAAAGUACAUGAAAAAUUAUGCUGCUGGCAGUUUAUCUUUUGAGGAUUUUUAUUAAAAUUACAAAUUGUAGUAUGUUGUGAUAAAAUUAAAAGCAAGUUCAGUUGUCAAAUAACGUGUGGAUAAUGUCAUUUAUAGUAUAAAAUUCAGAUUACACCUGUCAAAUAUUAGUUAACAUGUACAUGUAGGUAACUGGUCAAAUCUGCUUCUGGCAAUUCGCAUGUCAAACUAUAUUUUAACAUACCUGUAUUCAAUUUGAAAUCCAUAAUUUAGACUAUACUUGUUUUAAAAGUAUUUUGUCAUCAUAUUUUUUUUUGGAGCAUUAUUUAGAUAAAAUGUUUGUAUGGGGUUUACUGUUUCAAAGAAUGAAGGUUCGGAUAUUGUGAUUAUAGUAAAUGUAACGUGGCAGAAACUAAGACCACGGUAGACACAGGAAAUGUGUUUGAUGAUGACCUGUGAGCAGUGACUCACAAAGAACACUAGAUUAGUGUUAUUUUAGGUAUAAAGGCCAUGCUAACAGGAGCAUGGGAAACCUAUAGAAUAUACCUACGGAAUAGUAGGUAAGUAUAUCUACGUAACGAACGUAUAUUUUUUAUGAGCAGUGAACAAUAUAUAUGCAUUUUGUCAACGUUUUGUUUUGAAUUAAUAUGUUGAUAUAUUUAUCAAAUUGACACAAUUGAUAACUUUUCAUGUUAACCGAGCUUGUUGCACGUAUACAAGUGACGAGUAGUGUGGAACAUUAUUUAAUAGAUAUGUAGAGAAUAUAUCUUUGAUGUGCAUAAGUUAUACAUAUGAAAAGUUAAAAAUUAUUCUAAGAAAAAGAUAAGAACAAAAUUUGCUUAAAUGAUACAGUUCAUCAAAAUAGAAUUUAAAACGCAUAGUAAAAUAAAUGUAAAUGGAAAUAGAAGAUGAUUAAUAUCAAUAUUUUUCUUAAGGGCAAAUUUUUUUAUUAAGGCCUUUCUCCAGCUGUCAGAAAGUUGGUAUGUCAUGUCCUCUUGUAUUGAAACCGUAUAGAUCUAAAUAUAAAUUACACAAUAUUAAUAUUAAGGAAGUAAUAAAUUGGGUGCAACUAUUUUGUUCAAAAUUUCAAAAACACGUAAGGGGAAAAGAAAAUGGGCGAAGACACUUGCCAUGUGCAUAAGAAUGCUGCGCAAAUUUGUGAAAAAUCAGAAGUCAUCAUGGAAAAAAUAAAAUGCAAAGUCAUACUGGAAAUUCUGUGAAAAAAAGAAGAAAAUAAUUCAUAUUCAGAUUGGGGAUUUCUUCGAGCUCAUGACAAGGAGAAUUCAAAUAGUCGUUUUCAAAUGGACUAGCCUUCGAAUUAAAAACUCCAUGGAAAUAUAUAUCCAUAGAAACAAUGAAUGUUUUACAACAAUCAUAGUGACAAUAUAAAAGAAUCUUUAUUAAUAACACGCGUCUUGAUGGACAUUUAAGCAUGACCUAACAAUUUUAAUUUUAGACGGAGAAACUUAUUCAAGAUCACAGCCGAAUAUAUAAAUGCCUUUGGGAAUGAGCUGUCGAAACUCAAUAAGAACAUGACAUUUGCUGAUCAUACUUUUAGUCAAUUUCAGUGUAUUAUAAUUCACCGAUGAGGAUUCACAAUACAUGCCGUUUGAUGAUACGACCCUACAACAUGAUGAUGUCUGCACGUGAUACCACUGGGCUACGACGAAACACAGCAGAAUAAAUAGUCGCGUGGAAUUUUAUGUACAUAGUUAGGCACGAUGAUGCAGUUGGACACUAUACGGUUUGCAGUUUUAUCUUGCCUUACGAUUUUGGCGGGUGUAUCAACUUACACAGAGGAAGAUCUAGCAGAUAUGCUGAAAGAUGGUUUCAGAAAUGUUGAUAGAGAGAUAAUUGAUGGAGAAGUUAUGGUAGAAUAUGGAAGUAUACCGACGUGGCUAUCAGGAAACUUUAUGCGUCAUGCUUGUGGUGCAUUCGGUGAAUCAGACAACAUGAAUGACACGUUACCAAAUUACAUUGAACAUCUGUUUGACUGUAUGGAAAUUGGCAGCAAGUUCCGUGUGGAAAAUGGCAAGAUCACAUUUACACAGAGAUGGUACAACACUACUGUAAAUGAUAUAUAUAAUAGCUACGGUCGAGAAAUGAACAAAUCUAGCUACUUUAUGAAGUCCACAUUCUCAAAAAUAAAUAAAGCACAGUUUGACAAAUGGGAGUCAAAUUUAUCUGAUACAUCAAAAGUUGCACAGGUACCUUCUGUAAGCUGGUGGCAGAUUGGCAAUGAAGCUAUAGCUAUGACGGAAAAACCAGUUGGUGUAAUCAUCGACACUCAUUGUGUUUCACAGAAGGGAUGGAUACAGUAUAAAGAUAAUAAUAUGGGAAUACCGGACACGCCACAGUACUACUUCACUAACAAUCCUGCUCAUGCGCACACGGAACCAGACGGAACGCUUUGGAGUGCUUCCAUUGCCGUUAACUUUGUCUCAGGAACUCGCCUUAAGAUAAGUCGACUAGUGUACAAAGUGGAUGCCGACAAAUUUCGACAUGUAGUCGGUACUUACAAUUAUGAGGACGCAGAUCUCAGUAGAUGCAGGGGAUGGAACCCAUACCCUGACUUCAGUUCCAGAUUCGGAUACAUACACUCGUUCUGCAUGACUGAAAACUAUAUCAUCCUACCGGAAACCGGAUACAUGCACGAUCCCUGUUUCUAUAGACGUUAUGAUAAGCACAUGCCAUUUUUUCCACAAAGCUUUCAUUAUGAGCCAAAUGGCUUCGUGAGACUGUUGGUGAUGCGGAAGUCUGACGGGGAGUUUAUUGCGAAUAUCACAAUGCCGCCGUUCUUUGUAACUCACCAGUUAGGAUCUUAUGAAGACGGUGACCUGAUACAUAUGGACAUGCUUACAUACAAUAAUGCUGAUGUCUACGCAAUGGCUACCUUAAACGAUCUUUAUACACCGUACACUACCAAUGUCUCAAGAAUUACAAUCAAUAUGACAGACUUCACAGCGAGCAUGCGCAGUCUGAGAAAUCCAGCACGUGACCCCGCUGCUUUCGAGAUGUCAAACAUAAACUAUGCUUAUUAUGGAAAGAAAUACAAGUACGGAUACAUGGCAAGGAAUAUCUAUCGGAAAGAAAGAAAUGCGUUAACGAAGCUCAACGUAGAUACAGGGGAGGAAAUCCAGUACACAUUUCCCGAGGGAAUGUUUGUCCAGGAACCCCAGUUCGUCCCCAGACCAAACUCCACUGCUGAAGACGACGGUGUAGUUAUAGCACAAGGCGUAGAUGGCCGUAAACAUAAAGCAUUCAUGGUAAUAGUUGACGCCAAGACAAUGAAUUUGAUAGGUCAUGUGACCGCUCCCGAUCUCGCCUUGUUUGGUCUACAUAACAGAUUUUAUCCUCUCGAUGGUGGGAGGACAUAUGUUACGGACACAGCACCAAACCACUCUCUCAAUGCUGUCCUCGUGUUGUGCUUUCUUUACUUGUAUAUGUUACUACACACUGGGAACUGAAACAGUUAACAAAAAUAAAGUUUCAGGCCCAUAACACAGUAAAACAAAUAUAUUACUUUUUAUGUUUAUACUUACUUCCACUGAUUAUUGUGGCAUAAUAUACAUAAUUCUGAAACUUGAAGGUGUUAUAUGCCUGUUGGAAUUGUUUAAAUAAACAACAAAAGCAAAACAGUAUACAAAAAAAUGAUACAUAACUGGAAUACAGAUUUGCUUUAGAAACAUAUAUUUGAGUUUUCACCAUAUACUAUUGAAAUGUUGUUAAAACAUUUUCUGAAUGUAACCGUUUUCAUUUCAAAAAUACCUUUUCAGUGUUGAAACAAGAAAAAAAAUCACAUAUGCGUACACGAUCUGGCAAAUAUGGUAGAUAUAGGAACACUGUGAUUGUGUCUUUACCCAGAAAGUGUUUUUGUUCGUUAUUUUUGCAAUACAGCAUAUGUCAUUUAAGUCUCACUUUUCAUGAAACAAUACAUGUUUAUACAUAUUUAUGAAAAUAUUCAAGAAAACUUUUGUUAAAAUACGAGAUACUAAUUUCAAAAACAUUAGACCAAAUAAAGAGAUAAAAUUACUUACACUCAUGAGAUUAAUCUACAAAGAGUUGCACGAGAAGAAAUGUGUGUUCGGUUAUUUUUGAAACAUUUGUAUCUUAAUAAACUUAUAAACCGGA